AUGGCGGAGCUUCAGAGGCUCCAGAAGCUUUCUGCGCCGCAUUGCGUCCUCCUCGCCAUCCACCAUGCCAACGAAUCCAACAUCACCGCCCUCCGCGCAUUGACAGCCCUCCGCGAUACCGUCUUUGACCUCGAACUUAUUCUGCGGAUACUUUUGACGUACCUGCCGGAAAGUGUUCCUCCUUCCGCAUACCUCGAAUACCUCGAUGAACUCGCGAGCGACAACCGCACACCAGGCGACGACCCCGCAGCUGUGCUCGAAGUUGCGCCGGUGGAGGAGCUCUCAGAUUCGCAAGCAAAGAAAAAGCGACGGAAGCUUCAACUGAAAUUGCUGCCUUUAGUACAUCUUUUGUACGAGGCUGAGACGGAACUGGACCCCCUCACACACUUCCUUAUCCACCGCGCGCACCGAAUAGACGCUGAGACUGGCCUUCUCAACUCAAUACCCGAGCUGAUCGCGCCCUUCAUUGGCCACUCCGAAUACCUACGGAUAUGGUUCAUAUCUACAGCACUGCCGCUUCUGCGACUGAUGUACGAGUACUACCCCGAGAGCCCCGCUCCAUCGCUCGAUGAAUUCGCCAGGUCAAGAGGCCGGCGAGCAAUCGACAUACAACUAUCGAACCUUCGCCAAACACACGCAAGAUCACAAGAAGGAGGACUUGCGGCGCGUGACCUAAGAGGUGUGGUCGGCCCCUGGAUAUGUGGAGCAAACGAGCGAAAGAGGCGCAAACUGUCGCCAGACGACCGAAGAGCGUCCAUGACCGAAGCACCAGCCCAAGAGCCUGACGACUGGGAGUCUCUGUUCGGAUGGCUGGUGGAUACUUCGAAAGCCGACUUCCCAUUGAUAUCAUCGGUCAUCAUCGAGUGGGAUGGCCCUGAGGACCUGGACCUUGGCGGCUUCGAAGAAGGACGUGACUAUGUCGAUGACGAGACACAACGAAAGCUGGAGCGUCGGUAUGCACAGAUAGCCUUGGCAUGCUUAUAUCUCUUUGAUAGUAGCAACAGCGACAUACUACAGACAGCCCACGGCCUGCUCGCACGGAUAUCCGAUCUUCUUAGCUUAGAGCCUCCCCCACAUCUGAGCUUGAUCGUGGAAGCAUUACCGUCGUGUGCUGCAGAUAUGCCCAUGCUCCAGGGACUCAAAGCAUCCGCCCUCCAAGAAGAGCACAUCACACGGCCUGACAAUCCCCUGAUCCAACCGAAUCAGGAUGCUGUUCAUCUCCUCGAGCUGUUCAUUUUUUCUACCCACCUUUUGUCUAGCUUGCAGCAACUCAUGUCCGUGAGGGAAGUCGCGCGCAUGUUUCUCCGCAAUGACAAAUCAGAGCAGCUCUCCCUUCUCCACAAGAUCGUCCAUGCUCUCAGCACAAGUGCUAAGCUUGACGCUGAACAAUGGCGGGCCAAUCGAUCUAGGCUACUCUGGCUCUGGAAUUGGGGAUCGAAUCAGAUAGGCUCCGAUCGAUAUGCACAGGGAAUAUUUGGUCACAUUGACAGCCAAACUAUUGAGACUGAGAUAUUGAAAGGUCUUCUAGAAGGCAGCCAGUACACACUUAUCGGUCAACUGUACAUUCGGUCAACGUCAGAUCGAACCCCCCUUCCUCUCUCCGAUGUCGAGCAGGUCAUCCUCACGGCUGUAUUGCACCACUACGACAACGCGACCAACGGCAACCGAACAAGAGGAGGCAUGAAACGCGCUUCAGACAUUGUUGCAGCGUUCAAGGCACACUUUCUCAAUUCGGGCCGCUUUCAGCGUAUUCAAGCUCUGCUUGCCGCAACACACGCCAUGUCGUUCUACUCUCUGAUCCUACAACACGGUGUCCCGUUCCAGCCUGUUAACAUCAGGGUGAGCGCUGACCCGCUUUCGUUGAUCCAAAAACUACUCGAGCAGAACCUCCGCAGUUACACCCACUUAGACGACCUCAUUUCUAUCGGCCAGAAUCUUGUCGUCGCGCAGCCGUCUACUAUCAUGGACAAAGAUGCCGAUUACAGUCACCUUGACACAGCCGCUGUAGAGAAAAGAAAGGCCGCAGCGGAACGUCGUGUCAUUGGCAUGACGGUCGAGGCAGCACUUGCAGAAGACGACUUUGAGACUGCGUACUCAUACGUCGUGAACAGACUUACCCCAUCAACGCCCUCGCCCGCUAUGUCGCCAACCCUGUCCAAGUCAUCACAGCGCUUCUCAUUCGGGUCCCACGAUUCAGAAGCUCGAGAUGAUGAUAGCGAAGAUGUAGCCUGGCGCGUCGCCGUACAAGCAGGUCGCCAUCGCGGCUCGCCAUCCUCGUCAUCAACGUGGGGCCAGGCAAAUACUGCCGCCCGCCCCGACUUACGACGAUUGGAACAGCGCAUGGAGCUUCUUUCACAAGCACUGCUUCUUGCACCGCCUCAUCAUUUGGAAGAGGUCCUAGCCGUAUGGCAGGAAUGCGAAACCGAAAUGACGAACCUCCUGGCGGAAGAGAACGAAGCAGAAGAGCGCUUCAACGACGCGGCGGACCGCCGUCUUCCCGGCGCAUUCGCGGAAGUAGUUACCAUCCAGCCUCGCCGCGAAGUCGGCCGAGGCGCGGUGGAAGAAGCACCUAUGGGCUUAUUUGAUGUUGCUAGGGGGGCCGCUGCUGCGUUUUCAAAGAGUGCAUUCCCACUUCGCGGAAGUGGAGGCAGCCGCAACGUAUCUGGAGCGGAGAGUUACGGCGACACGAGCCGUGCGUCCGUAGAUCUAGGCAGCGAUUCUGGAAGCAUGCACAGUACCGGCGAUGAGAGGGUGAGGAGGAGGGAUAUGGUUGCUAAUGCGGUUACUGGUGGGCUGGCCAGUGGCCUCGGGUGGGUGCUUGGUGCGACGCCUGUCAACGAGCAUCAAUAG